CUAAUUCCGGCUCGCUGUCCCGUUAGUCUAAUUACAGUGUAAUUCAUAAACACCCGCGGACGUUUCCCCGGGGGUUUUAACCCUCUCCUGCACUGUGAGCGAUGCCUGUUAGUGGGCACAUUGUGAUAUUUGUGCAGCUGUCCAUUGUGUGCUGUUGGAGAGAGAAAACGGAGAAGAAAUGGGUGACAGUUGGUGACACGUCUUUACGUAUAUUCAAGUGGGUGCCAGUGACGGAAACAAAGCAGAUAUAUCGCACCAAAUCCACCGGUGGAGAAGUUAGAGGCUUGAAAGAUGUGGUCCUGGAAAACACCAACUCUCUACUGGAUUUUACUGAUGAAAACAGCAACCAGAGCUUUCUGUCGGACGUUUACCAGCCUAAAAUGGAUAACAGCAGCAGCACCUCCAGCUCGCAGCAGGUCAGCCCUCCUCAUGCCUCCAGCCUGCGAGCUGAAGACUCCCAGCCUCCAAUGCUCGGCCAGGAGAGCGUGGAUGAGCCAGUUCACUCAGGACAGGAGGGCACAGAUGAGCCACCCACUCUGAUCAAGGAGGACCUUCUAUCAUCAGGAACUGUCAGACGGAGCACCCCAGACACCCAGGAGGAACUGGAUGAAUCAGGAGCGCCUCCCUUAAAGAAGAUUUGCACAGGAGAGAACGCUGUUCUGAGAUAGCUUAUUUAUGAUCGUUUUGUCAAAAUGCACACAAAACAUGUCCUCAGUUGUUGUGAGAUUAGCAAAGCUUUGACAAUUAUUCUGGAUCUCUUCAUAUAAUUUACGCAAAUAUUGCUUAUUUUAAAUUCAGCUCUUAUGAAAAUGUGUAUUAACUGCAAAAUCUUCUCUUUUCCCCCUACUUUAAUUGAUAUUUGAAGUCAUGCUGUGUUUCGUUUUUCAUCUUGAAAAGGACGGGGGGGAGCAUUUUGAACUGUAUUUCGCAGGCUUUGUGUAUUUUCAUGCAGUUGCUGUAAUGUCUGAUUUUCCUGGCAGCCGCAGCUGAAAUUAUGCAUGUUUCCAUAUGCUGUUGCUUUAUUCUGAAGGUUUAUUGGUGAUUUUGAAAAGGUGUUAUUUGUGAAGCUUUAUGCAAAUUGCUGUUUUUAGAUGUGCCAUUGUGUAUUAAAUACAGUGCCCUCCUUUAAAAAAAGAAGCUUCUUUUGGCUUAUCACAUGCAAGAAUAUGAUUUUUUUAUAUAUAUAUAUAUAUUGCUCUAUAAUAUUAUUUGCCCAUGUUUAUAACUGAACACAUUUUGUAAAUCAUAAUAAA